UUGUUCUGUUAACGUAUGAAUUCUGUUGGGCAAGAAACAAUAAACUGUCUUCCGAUUUCAGGUGGCAGAGCGGGCUCUGUACUUCUGGAACAACGAGUACAUAAUGUCGCUCUUGGAGGAAAACAACCACGUGAUCAUGCCGAUAAUGUUCCCGGCCCUCUACCGAAUUUCCAAGGAGCACUGGAACCAGACUAUCGUUGCUCUCGUAUACAACGUGCUCAAGACCUUCAUGGAGAUGAACUCGAAGCUCUUUGACGAACUAACCGUCAGCUAUAAGGCGGAGAGACAAAAGGAAAAGAAGCGUGAGAAAGAACGAGACGAGCUGUGGAAGAGGCUCGCCGAGCUUGAAAUCUCCCACAAAUCCACACCAGCACAACAUAACAACAGCCCUUCCAGCAAAAAGUGAUAACAUAAUAACAGCCUAAUGUUCCCCGCCCGUCUCUCUGUGUCGGUAAGUUUCCAGUUCAACAACUACCUGCUAUAUUGCAAGAAAAUGUACAGGUUUUUUGUGAUGUGGUCUCUUUUUUCUGCAACAUGAUUUAGUUUUUGUCA